GUCCGCUAGUGGGAAACAGGGAAAAUAAUUAUUGUUCGUCCGUUUGCGCCGUACGCAGACGACGGUCCCCGACGAUCGCCACCACCACCGCAAAAUCUUAUUAUACGAUCUCGUCCACAGAUGACGAGGCGGCUGCGAUCUACCGGCAAAACAAAUCCCACGACGGUCUUAUUGAACCGUGAUAAGUAGUUCGUGUGCGUGUGCGUGUGUGUUUUUUCAUCGCUGUCAUUAUUAUUAUUAUCAGGAACGUCGGCGACAGGCUACUACUGACUAGCAGACUGAGACGGCAGUGCAGUCCACCACAGACGACGUUAGCUGGGAUUUUGAGUCUCCCCUUUAACCGCGCGUAACGGCCGAGGAAAAAAAAUCGUAUACGUGCAAAAUCGUUCGUGAAUUCGUUUCCGGGCGUUUGAUCAGGUAGAUUUUUUCUCGAUUACGCUCGUUAAAACCGCCCAGGUAUAUAGUCCGCCUGGCAGUGCAAAACGACACCAGAGAGUGAAGUAGAAACGAAAACCGCUCACCAUCCAUACGCGAAGAAUCGUCUGCGAUGGCCGGUCAAACAAUACAAGAUAGACUGCUGGCUGCCCGACACAGUUUAGCUGGACAAGGUCUGGCCAAAUCCGUGUGCAAGGCCACCACCGAAGAGCUGAUCGGACCGAAAAAGAAACACUUGGACUAUUUGAUACACUGUACUAAUGAACCAAAUGUGUCAAUCCCUCAACUAGCCAAUCUAUUAAUUGAACGGUCACAAAAUGCCAGUUGGGUGGUAGUAUUUAAAUCAUUAAUCACGGUUCAUCAUUUAAUGUGUUAUGGAAAUGAGAGAUUUACACAGUAUUUGGCAUCCAGCAAUAGUUCCUUUCAACUUAGCAAUUUUUUGGAUAAAAGCAGUUUACAAGGUUAUGAUAUGUCACCAUUUAUUCGACGUUAUUCAAAAUACUUAAAUGAAAAAGCUUUAUCGUAUCGUACAGUGGCAUUUGAUUUUUGUAAAGUUAAAAGAAGUAAAGAAGAUGGAGUAUUACGCACUAUGAAUUCAGAAAAGUUGUUGAAGACAUUACCAGUUUUACAGUCACAACUUGAUGCAUUACUUGAAUUUGAUUGUUCUGCUGCUGAUCUCACUAAUGGUGUUAUUAAUAUGGCAUUCAUGUUGUUAUUUCGUGAUCUGAUCCGACUGUUUGCUGGUUAUAAUGAUAGUAUCAUUAAUCUUUUAGAAAAAUAUUUUGAUAUGAACAAAAAACAAUGCCGGGAUGCUUUAGAUUUAUAUAAAAAGUUUCUUAUUAGAAUGGAUCGAGUAGGAGAAUUUCUCAAAGUUGCAGAAAAUGUUGGAAUUGACAAGGGUGAAAUACCCGAUCUCACUAAAGCCCCGAGUAGCUUAUUGGAUGCAUUAGAACAACAUUUAGCUUCUAUUGAAGGCAAAAAAUCAGCAGCAAACACUCCCACACAAGCAACAAGCACUCAUCGGACAGAUGUAAAGACUGGUGUAUCUGCCCUUUCUUCCACUAGCAGCUCUUUUGGAACAAUUGCCCAGCAGGCGGAUGGAGUUGAGGAGUCAUUGAAGCAAGCAGUUUUGGCUGAAGAAGAAGCUGUUUUAAAUCAAUAUAAGGCCAAAGUCAACAGUCCUGUGAAUGGUACCAUCGCUUCAGUCAACAAUCCAUUUUUAGUUUCAUCUGAGCCUAUUGUAGACUUAUUUUCAUGUCCAGCUCCGGCUACACAGACGUCAACGAAAGCUUCAGAUGAUUUACUUCAAUUAAGUAAUCCAUUUGCUGACAUGUUUUCCACUCCAAUGACAGGAUCACAAACAAAUGCUACGAAUGAUAUAUCUACUCCUCUUGCUAAUAACUGGAUGAGUAAUGGAUUUAAUACAAAUAGUAAUGCAUUUGUUGAUGAUAAAUCAUUUACAUCUGUUUUUGGUCAACCUGAAUCCAACCAAUCAUGUCCUGCUCCCACUGCUACAGCUGCGUGUUCUGGGACAUCUUUUAUCUCUUCAAAUGUUUUUUCUGAUUCAAAUAUUUUUGAAUCAAGUCCUCCAUCUGUUGAAAAAUCACAAUCCAGAAAAUCUAGUGGGGCAUCAAUACCUCCACCAAGACCUCCUCCGCCUUCUACUACUCUUCCAUCAUCUGAUCCUAAUCCUGUUUCGGAUUCGGCAGCGGAUAUUUUUCUUCCUCAAAGCGUCCCUCAACCUAUAAAUGGAUCUCCUGGCAAAACCAAUUUGGCCGCACUUACUUCAGGUGCAUCUGAUUCAGGUAAUAAAAAGGUAUUAACUGGAGAUUUAGAUAGCAGUCUAGCAUCAUUAGCAGAAAAUCUUACUAUCAAUAAAGUUACACAACCGCCACCAGUUCAAUGGAAUUCUCCUAAAAAUACUCCAAAACCUGGUAAUGGUCAACCAGGGAUGGGUUGGAGCCCUCAGCCUAUGGCCGCUACAACUGGUGCAAAUUAUCGACCAAUGGGUCAAGGAAUGAUGUCCAACCCUUCACCAUUUGUAUCAACAUAUGGUCCAAUGGGUGUACAACCCAGCUGUAUUGGUGGUAGUGCAGUAGGUGGUGGUAAUCUUGGAAUGACUGCUCCUUCCAGUACUCAGAGCUCUCAGCCACAGCCUGUCUUAGAUCCUUUUGGUUUAUAAGGAAAUAAACUGGGACUGAAAAGUGAAAUGUACAGAGUUUUUAUUGCACACAUUAUAAAGGGUUCACAAAAUAAGUAUCAUCAUUGCAACAAUCCUCGUGCCAUAAUUUCAAACUCUAAAUUGGCAAAAUGAAUAUAAUUUCAGGUAUUACUGUUAUUUAGUUAAAAAUCUAUAAUUUAUACUUAUAUUGUAAAAGUAUAAAAAUAAAAUAAUGCCCAAAAUAAUUUCUGCCUAUUUUAGCCUAAAUUAUUUUAAAUUAAACAUAAAGUAUUAUAUUUAGAUUAUUACUUAAAAAUAAGCAAACUCUAGCUUAGAGAUAAGAAAUGUGUGUUCUAUGAAAAAGAGAUUGUUCCUUUAGGAAUAAAGUAACAGUUUUAGUUUAUGAUCUUGUUAAGUUUUUUUAACUUAAUAUUAAGUGCAAUAU